AUGAAUAACAGCACAGGGUUCAUAAAACGUCCUGAAAUAACCAAACAUGGCCUGAGGAAUAAUGCUUUUGCACCACCUUCCUUACAACCAUCUCCAGAAGCUUUUGCAGUACCUCUCCCGCCAGACUUAGAAGAUGAAGGUCUUCCAAUGUCAGAGAACAUGAUUGAGAGAAAGCCUAACUCUGAGCACAACCAGUUGAAGAAACAGUAUCAUGAAGAACAGAACAAGGCAGCACAACAUACCUUGUACAACCAAUAUGAGGAAAAGAUCCGACCCUGCAUUGAUCUCGUCGACAGCCUAAGAGCUCUCGGAAUAGAAAAGGACCUGGCUUUGCCCGCGAUCGCAGUGAUCGGAGACCAGAGCUCUGGGAAAAGCUCUGUCCUAGAAGCCCUGUCUGGUAUUGCUCUUCCUAGGGGCAACGGUAUUGUUACUCGAUGUCCCUUGGAACUUAAACUGAAAAGAAUCCCUGCUACCCAGGCAUGGAAAGGGAAAAUGUGUUACCGUAACACCAGCUUAGAGCUCCAGAAUGCCUCUGAGGUGGAGAAAGCAAUAAGAGAAGCGCAGAACGUGGUGGCUGGUACUAAAGGCGCCAUUAGUGGAGAACUAAUUUCCCUAGAAAUUCGGUCCCCAGACGUCCCAGAUCUGACGCUAAUUGAUCUUCCUGGAAUUGCCAGAGUGGCCGUGGGGGAUCAGCCAAAAGACAUUGGGGAACAGAUCAAAAUGCUGCUUAAAAAAAUUAUUUGCUGCAAAGAGACACUCAAUUUGGUAGUGGUGCCUUGUAAUGUGGAUAUUGCAACAACAGAAGCACUGAGAAUGGCUCAGGAUGUGGACCCCAGUGGAGAAAGGACACUAGGGAUCCUCACGAAACCUGACCUGGUGGAUAGAGGAACAGAAGAGUCUGUCAUUAACAUAAUACGAAAUCAGGUCAUCCCCCUCAAAAAAGGUUACAUGAUUGUGAAGUGUCGUGGGCACAAACUUUUCAGUGAAACUGAGCAGAGAAUCAGUGCUGCCUCCUCACCCUGCACACACACAGUCUACCCAAAUCCACCUUUUCCUCUUUUUUGCAGCAUUCUUAUGGAAGAAGGAAGGGCUACUAUCCCUCUUCUGGCAGAGAAGCUCACAAAUGAACUUGUAAAACAUAUUAUUAAAACUCUGCCAACACUAGAGAACCAAAUACGUGAGGUGCUCCAAAAAACGUUACAGGAUCUACAAAAGUACAGAAGAGGCACACCCAAAACAGAGUCCGAGAAGCUGUUUUUCCUCACAGAUUUGAUCAAACUCUUUAAUCAAGACAUCUCUCUGACAAUACGUGGAGAGGAACAUUUGAUUGGAAACGAGGUCAGACUGUUUGCAAAAAUCCGCAGGGAGUUUCGAACAUGGGAAGUGACUCUCACAGAGAGUGCUGCAAAGGUAAAAAAAAAUCUACCCAAUAAAGUGUGGAAAUACGAAGACCAGUAUCGUGGACGGGAGUUCCCAGGCUUUACCAAUUACAGGACAUUUGAGGACAUUAUAAAAGAGCAAAUCAUAGAACUGGAGGAGCCAGCCGUUGAGAUACUGAACAACGUGAUCGACCUGGUUGAAAAGAACUUUAUGGAACUCGCUAAAAGGCAUUUUGCUAAUUUUCACAACCUGAACAGAGCUGCUAAGACCAGAAUUGAAGACAUUAGAGAGAAACAAGCAGUGGAGGCUGAAAGAUAUAUCCGGACCCAGUUUAAAAUGGAGAGAAUUGUAUACUGCCAGGAUGACAUUUACUUUAACGAUUUAAACUCUGUUAAGGCAGAAAAUGCUACCAAAGCUGGCAAUGGGAAAGAGCUGUUUGUUGUAUCUAUUGCGAAUCAAGAACCCUCCUUUGUCCAGGAAAUGGUUUCUCACACAAAGGCCUAUUUCAAUGGAGCCAGUAAACGCCUCACCAAUCAGAUACCCAUGAUCAUCCUGUCUUCUGCCCUGCAUGACUUCGGGGACAACUUACAGACCACAAUGUUGCACCUUUUGCAAGAAAAAGAGAAGAUAAACCAUCUUCUUCAGGAGGACAGUGAAGCUGCUAAACAUAGGAGCUACCUCAGUCAACGAGUUGAUCGUCUCAACAAAGCCUGCCAAUACCUGAGAGACUUCACCUCACUCUAG